AUGGCAGGAACAGAAUACCAGCACAACAGCUCUGGACCUGGCGACCAGUUUAUUGCCGCCGGGCCCCAGAACAACAACUCAGGCUCUGGGACACAGUACAACGCACACAACAUCAACUUUAACGCUCCUCAAGAUAGCGACGCAAGUCUUCUCGCCGACCUACGCAUUACCGAUCCUCGCGACGACAAAGAUCGCAUCGAGCACACCAAGGGCGGACUAUUCCGCGACUCAUAUCAUUGGAUCCUGGAGAAUUCUGACUUCCAAGAGUGGCGUAAUGGCUCCGAGAGACGACUACUCUGGGUGAGGGGUGACCCUGGCAAGGGCAAGACAAUGCUCCUCUGCGGCCUCAUCAAUGAGCUGACGAACGAGGGAACCGAACCCGUUUACUUCUUCUGCCAAGCAACCGAUUCGCGGCUCAAUACUGCCACCGCCGUGCUUCGUGGCCUGAUAUACUUGCUGCUGGAAAAGAGGCCAUCUCUGAUCCAAUUCGUGAGAGAAAAACACAGACAAGGAGGCAAGCGAUUCUUCGAAGACGCCAAUAGCUGGAUUGCAUUGGGCAAGAUCCUGGCUCAGAUGCUAUCCCAACAAGAUCAAGGAAUGGAAAAGAUCGUUCUAGUUAUCGAUGCGCUGGACGAAUGCACCACACGUUUAGACGAUCUUCUCGACAUGGUUAUCAGACUUUCUUCGACCCCCACUAAGCUGAGCGACAGUGUCCGAUCUGCCUAG